AUGCAAGUAUACGCUAAUCCUAUCUCAAACCUUGUUGUGGGCGUCAAAUUAUUUUCGCUUACAUCAAGUGGCCUCGUUCUUGCCGCACAACCUUUCCUCUUCUCCAAAUUUACCACAUUGGCGGGUUUUGCACCUUUUUUCGUGUCCAGUCUGUCGUUUGCUGCACUUACUCCUAUCCUUCUUCACGUGCUAACCCGUCCUUGUGUCUUUAAAAUCAUCUAUGAUCCUCAAACAGACCGGUUCACGGCUUACACGAAGACGAUUUUCCUUCGUCCUAAAAAAGUUGAAUUCAGACUGGAAGACGUUUCUUAUUCUGUUGCUAGUUUGUGCUUUGCCAACAUGAUUCUACGUCCAUUUGUCGAUAUGAAGCAGGUUAUAGUGCAUGCAGGCAAGGGCGGUGAUGGUUGCAUCGCCUUUGAUCGGACUUUUUGCAAUCCUUAUGGCGGUCCCAGCGGGGGAGAUGGUGGAAACGGAGGACAUGUGAUAUUUCAAGCCGACUCGGAGGUGAUUGAUUUCUCCAGUUUGGAUUCGGUGCUUAGAGCUGCUGAUGGAAGCAGAGGAUCAGGAGACAAUUGCCAUGGUUCGAAUGGAAAAAACCUCAUUGUCAAAGUUCCUUUGGACACACAGGUCCAUUUGUUAGCUUCGAAGGAAGACUCAACCGUGUCUGCUCACCGCGCUGAUACUUCAAGCCUUCUCUGCACUCUUACCGCACAGUCUGAUACUUUGGUUGCCGCUCGUGGCGGUGCAGGUGGUCGAGGCAAUGCCUUCCUCGCUUCUUCUGUCCAAAUAAGGCGUGCAGAGGCUCUCCCUCGGAUCGGCGAGGCUGCUCUUAGGUUUGCUGAGCGCGGUGCAAGGGGUCAGUCACGGCGGCUGCUACUACGACUCACCAGUUUCACUGACGUGGGAUUGGUGGGUGGUCCUAACUCAGGCAAGUCGACGCUCUUGCGACGUCUGACCCGUGCUCGACCUCGUGUUGCGCCACAUCCCUUUACUACUCUCCGACCACACGUUGGCACUCUUGAAAUACCCCUUGGAAGUGGUGGAAAAGGCAACGGCGAUGGUGUGAAAUUGUCGAUUGCAGAUUUACCGGGUCUAAUUGAGGGCGCAGCCAAACGCAACGCAGGUUUAGGUGCUCAAUUCCUCAGUCUUAUCGAGGGCUGUCGCUUCCUCAUAUACCUAGUCGAUGUUGGCACCUUUUUCACUAACGGUUCACGAUCCUUCUCGUUGGCCGAGGUCACGGCUCAUUUUGCCUCUCAACUAGGCGUGCUCUACAAUGAGUUAAAGCUCUUCAAUCCUCGUCUUGUGGAUGAUACCGAGAGGACUUCCCUCGUUGUUGGCACAAAAGUCGAUCUCGUCGUACCGUCCUCAUCAAAACACGAAACUCUCCAUAAACUCUCAACUUGUCUGUCCAAUGCAGCUAAACAGACGGGUUUGCGGUCUCCAACAGUGCUGCUCAUCUCGGCACGGCGAGGAGACAAUGUUGAACAGUUGGUAGAGAUACUUGGAAACAUGCGAUUUAAGGACGAAUAG